UCAUCUUCCGGCGGCAGGCGGGAAGGCGCGGGGGAAAAAAACGCGGGAGAAAGUGCGCCGACAGGCGUUGGCACCAGACCCGCGCAGGCCAAUCGGACACGUCAUCGUUAAUCGGCACUGUGAUUGGCAGGCGGGAAAGAGCGCGGGAAAGAGUGCGCCGGCAGUGGUGGGAAUCCGACCCACACACGCCAAACCGACAAGUCAUCAUUAAUUGCCACUGCGAUUGGCAUCGUGAUUUUCAUCAAUCGCCGUUAAUCAGCGAUUAGUGAGUCAUCCGACCCCCAGAAAGAGAGAGAGAGAGAGAGAGAGAGAGAGAGAAACGGCUAAAACGCACAGACACACAGACAGACACAGACAGACACGCACACAGAGCGAGCGAGAGCGAGAGCGAGAGAGAGAGAGAGAGAGAGAGAGAGAGAGAGAGAGAGAGAGAGAGAGAGAGAGAGAGAUGUUUAGGAAUUUGUUUCGGCGGGUGCCUAUGGGUCGGGCAUUGGUUGAGAGAACUAGGGGCCUGGAGGAAUUUUUCGAAGGGGGUAGUAAAGUGGCAAAGGAGGGGUCCGAGGCUGUGGGGAGAAGUUGGAGCGCGGCGGAGCUGCGGCUGAAAUCCUUUGAUGACCUUCACAAGCUUUGGUACGUUCUGCUGAAGGAGAAGAACAUGCUCUACUCACAGAAAAUGAUGUUCCGAUCAACGGGGCAUCGCAUGCCCAAUGGCGAAAGGAUACCCAGUGUAAGAAGGUCGAUGUGUCGGAUUAAACACGUGCUCACGGAGAGAGCGCUGGCGGAAACAGAUCUGGUGAAACGGCAAGCGGCGAUGAGGAUCAUCAACGAUCUGUGAUUGAUGGAUAGAUGGAUUGAUCGGCCGGUUGAGUGAUUGAGCGAUGGAUGGAUGGAUGGAUGGAUGGAUGGAUGGAUUGGCCGGAGGGUUGAUUGAUUGCCCGGUUGAUGUGAUCGAUUGAUUGAUCGAUUGGCCGGUUGAUGUGAUCGAUUGACUGAUUGAUUGGCUGGUUGAUGUAAUCGAUUGAUCGAUUGAUUGAUUGAUUGGCUGGUUGAUGUGAUCGAUUGAUCGAUUGAUUGAUUGAUUGAUUGAUUAGGCGGCCUGUUUAUUGAUUGAUGGAUUGAUUGGCCGGUUGAUUGAUUGAUUGGCCGGUUGAUUUGAUCGAUUGAUUGAUUGGCCGGUGGAUUGAUUGAUUGGUUGACUAGCCAGUUGAUUGAUUGAUUGAUCGAUUGGCCGGUUGAUUGAUUGAUUGACUGAUUGGCUGGGUGAUCGAUUGGCCGGUUAUUUGAUUGAUUAGACGGUUGGUUGAUUGCUUGGCCGGUCGAUUGAUUGAUUUGUUGAUUGAUUGGUGAACUGAUUAAUUUCGAUUCGAUUGUUUGGAAUGGCGUAUGGCGCCACGUUGGCUGCUGACGUGUCAGUCAGACCUAGUAGUAAUCAAUUUUGCUGAUGUGU